UCGCCCACUCAACUAACGGAAUGUUAUGUCAAUAUUAAUUUAAUUAAUUCCUCUUCUCGAAUGAAGAUUUUGGCCUUUUAAAUUUUGUUAAAAAGGUUUUCAAUAAAAAAAUAAGCAAUUUGAUAAAAAUGGUGCAUAAAUUACGUAAUCGCGAUGUUUGUCACACUUCUCCAAGGCCCAAUCAAGCCCAAAGUUCAUUUAAAACUCAAAAAAGGCAGGUUCUACAUUCCACGCCUCAACAUAAACAAUUGAAGCAAAAGGAUGCACAGAAUUAUCAUGUGAUAAUGGCAGAUGUGAGCAACAUUGGGCAGCUUACCAUGCCUACUUUGCAACAGAGCGACGAUACAAUUUCAGUUAAUUAUUCCGCAGUAUUUGAAGCUACAAGCAAUACGAAAAACAUUGUGAAACUCCAAAACGCUGUUGAUGAAUCCAUAUUUAAACACACCUUUGGAAAGAGAAAUGGUGUUUCGCUAUACGCUGUAAAAAAAUCCUUGCGGGAAGAGUAUUCAUACAAAUCUGUUAGAUCCUUAAAACCUAUAUCGCGUUAUGUCGCUUUUGCCAUUAAAAAUGGUAAAUUCCAACAAAUAACCGGUCACGGUGCGUCAGGAACGUUCCGUUUGAAUCGCGAUAUACAUGUUAGUCACGUGCGUAGAUUGGGUGGGCUUCGAAAAGUUUCAGCACAGUCUCAUGCAAUUCAAAGGCAAAGAGAAAACAAACAAACUAAACAUAAUACGAUAGCAUAAACAGGUCUAGCUAAUAUUUAUAUUAAUAAUUUAGAUACAUACAUAUGUACAUUUGUUAUACUUUUCUGUUUUUCUUUGAAAAUCUUCUUUCUAAUUUGGAAAUUCUGUCUUCAGAUUAAUACUGCUGGUUUAUUUAUUGUUUGUAUUCUAAUAAUCUAAUAAUAAUUUUGCGUUAGCAAAGUAGUUAAUUAGAUUGUUCUAAAAUAAGUAUGUAUUAGUAAAGACAACGUAAGAAUUUAAAUAU